AUCUGAUUGGGUGAGACGAUCAGCCUAUUAUUUCCGGUGCGACCCGAACAGCCGCACUGAUGUUAUUAUAAUCAAAAUCAUCUGCGCCUCACAUCGUUUUGUUCCCCUCCAUAGCCAUGUUAACAUCUGGGCUUGUGCUGGUGAUCCUCGCGGCGUCUCUGUGUCCCGGAGACUCCAGGUUCGUCAUAGACCCUUUGUCAUUGAUCAAACAGAAAUCUCUGACAUUGGACAUCUGCUCAGAAUGCAGCCAGAUCAUCCAGCUGUCCACCAACAUGAUUUCCAGCAGAGAUACCAAGGAGACUGUAUAUGAAACCCUGCAUGCUCUCUGCCAGAGCCUCCCAACAGAACAGGCGUCAGAGUGUGACUCACAGGUGAAGGCGUAUUUGCCCAAAGUCCUGCAGCAAACACCUGGUCACCUGAAACCGGGGGAGAUCUGUGUGGUUUUUGGACUUUGUGCUGCUCACAAGGAGGAAGAACGUCUUCCCCACCACCUGACUGUUAAAGACAUAUCUAGCUCUGCAGUCGACACAGCCCUCAGCAGUCAUGAGCAGUUCAGCCCAGUAUGCUCCCUGUGUUUGUUUAUCAUGAGGAAGCUGGAAACCCUGCUCCCCCAAAAUAUGACUGAGGAUGCUUUAAUGAAGCUCAUGGGAGAGGUCUGUGAUCUCAUACCUCAGAGCUACAAGGACCAGUGUGAUGAUUUUGUCAGCAAAUAUGGCGUACAGAUAGUCGAAUUCCUCUUAUCAUCCGCUGCACCUCACACAAUAUGUACUCUCUUGCACCUGUGCUUGUUCAACGAGCAGCCUCUUCCAGAGGUGUUCCUCCCCUCGGACUGCGAGUCGUGCCGCACGCUAGCUGUGCUGAGCCGACUGUACCUGGGUCUCAACGCUACUGAACCUCAGACUUCCUCUUUCCUGCAGACUGUGUGUGUGCAUCACCCCAACGCCAUCCCUAAGUGUGAGGCGUUCACCCGAAUCUAUGGCUCCCGACUGCAGGAGGUUUUGGGAAACCAGAUGGAUGUUCCACAUGCCUGUGAGAGAGCAGAUCUGUGUGUUGCCUCGAAGAAGUUGGAGCCACUGGGAAAGAAUCGUUGUACUUGGGGUCCAAGCUACUGGUGCAAAGACAUUGAAACUGCUCAGAAGUGUGGCAACCAGGCCUUCUGUGAGAAAUUCAUGUGGAAGAAGACUGACUGAACCAAACUGCCAAACUGACUGCAACUUUGAAGAUACGUGUACACAAACAGCUACUUUCUUUUUACACAUUAUUACACUGAUCAGCAGGUAAAUGUUUUAUAAAUGUAAUGCACUGAAUGUUUUUUCACUUUUGGGGUAAAUUAUUCACCCCCUAUGCUAUUUCAAUAAAUCAUCCAUAAAUAUUAUUAAUAAAUAUUGCAGUUUGCAUGAAGUAAUGAAGUCAUGUGUCACAAGACUGGGGCUGGGAUUCAGUCUGAAACAUCAAUUUCUGCAGUAGUGAACAGUUUUGUGAAGCGUUAGUCUGUACAGUACAUGUACGUGUGUAUGUCACUAUGAAUGUAAAAAAAUGGCAAAAAACCUUUGUCCGUCCAUAUGUUAGCUGCAAGAUGAACUCUCAGUAUGUAUUAAAGACAAUUUGGACAAUUGACGACUCAACUUGACUGCAAAGCUUCUUAUCAUGUUGUGUUAUUGCUGUUCUGUGAUCUGUGAUGCAAAAACCCACAUUCAAAACUAAAUUAAAUCAAAGGUUUGUCAUUAAAAUUCAACAUACAGAUAGA